GUACAAUGGAUGGAGAUCAUCUUAAUUUACCGAAUGGAUGUUCAUAGGCUCUAGGAAAUAAUUAUUGGGGAUAUGAAGACGCGCUAGAACCUUUCGUGAUUGUUUGGAAACCAGGUAACAUUACAGUUUUUGCCAAACAGGAAGUGUCCACUUUCUGUGUCAAUCAUGGGCAGCAGACCUUUGUUUCCCCUCAUCGUUGUCCUGCUGAUGGCAUCAUGUCUUGAGGCUGUCAGUUUUCCCGAGGAUAAUAUUCCCAUAGAAGUGGUGGACUACCACUAUACACGGCAGUAUCCUGUGUUCAGAGGCCGCCCUUCAGGCAAUGAAUCUCAACACAGACUAGACUUUCAACUGAUGACAAAAAUCCAAGACACCCUCUUCAUCGCUGGCAGGGACCAGGUCUAUUUGGUCAGCCUGCGAGAAUCCUACAGGAAUGAAAUCAUUCCUUACAGAAAAUUGACUUGGAGAUCGGGCCAAGCGGACAGGGAGACGUGUGCCUUGAAAGGGAAGCACAGAGAUGAAUGUCACAAUUUCAUCAAAGUGCUCGUCCCCAGAAACGAUGAUCUGGUCUUCAUAUGCGGGACAAAUGGCUUCAACCCAAUGUGCCGAUAUUACAGGCUGGAUAACCUGGAAUUUGAUGGGGAAGAAAUCAGCGGGUUGGCCCGAUGCCCAUUCGAUGCCAAGCAGACCAACGUUGCCCUCUUUGCCGACGGGAAGUUGUACUCGGCCACAGUGGCAGACUUCCUGGCGAGUGACGCUGUUAUUUACCGGAGCAUGGGGGAUGGUUCCGCCCUGAGGACCAUAAAAUAUGACUCCAAGUGGCUGAAAGAGCCACAUUUCCUGCACGCAGUGGAAUACGGGCAUUAUGUAUACUUCUUCUACAGAGAAAUAGCAGCAGAGCACAACAACCUGGGGAAGGCUGUGUAUUCCCGCGUGGCGCGCAUAUGCAAGAACGACGUCGGCGGCUCCCAAAGAGUUCUCGAGAAGCACUGGACCUCGUUUGUGAAGGCGCGCCUGAAUUGCUCUGUCCCCGGGGAGUCUUUUUUUUAUUUUGAUGUCCUUCAGUCCAUCACGGACAUCAUUGACAUCAAUGGGGUUCCCUCAGUGGUCGGAGUCUUCACCACACAGCUGAACAGCAUACCAGGCUCUGCAGUCUGCGCUUUCUCAAUGGCAGACAUCGAGAAGGUGUUUAGGGGAAGAUUUAAAGAGCAAAAAACGGCAGACUCAGUUUGGACACCUUUCCCUGAAGAAAGACUGCCCAAGCCAAGGCCUGGCUGUUGUGCGGGGCACGGCCCAGCAGAGUCCUUCAAAACCUCCAUGGAGUUUCCCGAUGAGACUCUGCAGUUCAUCAAGUCCCACCCUCUCAUGGAUGCGGCAGUGCCUUCCAUUGGAGACGAGCCAUGGUUCACUAAAACACGAGUGAGGUACCGACUGACAGCUUUAGCAGUUGACAGUGCGGCAGGACCCAACAAGAACUACACGGUGGUGUUCAUUGGCUCGGAGGCUGGAAUCGUCCUCAAAGUCCUUGCCAAGUCAUCUCCGUUCUCCCUAAAUGACAGUGUGCUGCUGGAGGAGAUUGACGUCUUCAACCGGGCAAAGUGCCUAUCAACCAACGAGGACGACCAGCGCGUUCUGUCAUUCCACCUGGAUAAGGACACACACACUCUGUACGUGGCUUUCUCCAGCUGUGUGGUCCGUAUCCCCCUCAGCCGCUGCGAGCGGCACAGCUCCUGCCAAAAGUCGUGCAUUGCAUCACGGGAUCCAUAUUGUGGGUGGAUGCCGCACGGUUCCUGUGAGAGGAUCUCUCCAGGUGUCCUCACGGGCUAUGAACAAGAUGUGGAAAAUGGCAACACAACGCGACUUGGUGACUGUCACGAAUUUUUGGCUACUACAUCUGCGCCAGAUUACAAAUCAUAUGGCGACCCAACCUCUGACAUGGAGUUGUCAUCACCGUCAGUCACGCCAGUGGCCUCUGGCCCCAUAGACUCACCCAAAAUCAUUGCCACACAGACACCUGAACUCUUUGGUUCAAGGAAAUUUGUGCUCCAGGACGACCCGGCCACCCAUUCUUUUGACUCAUUCCCAGGUGUCCCGGAGGGUGUGUGGGAGGUUCAGUCAGGAGAGUCCAACCAGAUGGUCCACAUGAACAUCCUCAUCACCUGUGUGUUUGCUGCCUUCCUGCUGGGCGCCUUCAUAGCUGGCAUGGUGGUCUACUGCUACCGCGACGCUUUCCUACGCAAGCCCAGGAAGGUCCAGAAGGAUGCAGAGUCGGCCCAGUCCUGCACAGACUCCACCGGCAGCUUUGCCAAGCUCAACGGUUUGUUCGACAGCCCAGUUAAGGAGUAUCAGCCCGACAUCGACUCCCCGAAGCUUUACACCAACCUCCUGAGCAACGGGAAGGACAUGCCUCCCGGUGAAGACACAAAGACAAUGAUACUGAGCAGCCAGCCUCCAGAGCUGGCAGCCCUCCCGACGCCGGAGUCCACUCCAGUCCUUCAGCAGAAGAGCCUGCAUCCCUUAAAGAACCAGUGGGAGAGGGCCCAGGGCAAGGUCAACGGACCCCGCAAGGAGCACUUUCCCUCGAGCCCUCCGCCACACACCGCUGUUGUUGGAAACGUUCAUAUUCCCAGUGCUGUUGUACUCCCCAAUGCCACUCACGACCAGCGGUCUGCUUACAGCACUGCUGAGAUGCCCCGUUCGGAAAGGAAAGUCCAAAACACUGAACAGUCUGGCUCUAAAUCAAGUAGAAAAGAGCAUCGGCGCUCCGUGGAUGCCAGGAAUACCUUAAACGACCUUCUGAAGCACCUGAACGACGGCAAUGGCGUACCAAAGGCUAUUCUGGCAGACAUGCCACAGAAGUCCAGGCAGCACUUGAUGCUGGACCCCAUGGUAAGCAUGACGGAAAUACCGCCAAAGGUCCCUAGCCGGGAGGCCUCCUUGUACUCUCCUUCCUCCUCCCUCCCCAGGAACAGCCCGACUAAAAGGGUGGAUGUGCCACUGCCCACCACUCCCACCACACCCACAGGGCCCAUGAACACUCUGGAGAGGCAGCGGGCAUACCACCGGAGCUCCACACAGAGGCACUCCAUUUCAUCAAUGCAUUCUCCCAAUGGGAUGUCUGUGUCGCGGCAGCCCAGCAUGAACAGGGGAGGGCAUAUGCCUCCCACUCCUCCAUCGAGGAUGGACUCACACGGGAUGCCCAUGGGCAUGCAUCCGCAGCCCUCGGUGUCCCGACAGAGCAGCUACAGUGGGCACGGCUCACUGCCGCGCAUGGGCCUAAAGAGGACACCUUCAAUAAAACCAGAUGUGCCCCCCAAACCCAACGGCUUUGUGCCACAGACUACACAAAUGAGGGUGGUAAACAAGUACAGUUACUAACCGAGCGACACUGAUUUCCAUUUCACUCUGCUGAUUGAAAUGUGGGGUGAGAGGGCAGGCCUCUGCAGGUGCAUCCUUGCAUUGGUUGGAGUUUCCCAGUGAGUGCCUCAGCGCACUCGGCAAAAAGGGAACUCACAAGUGGCCAAAGAAGCUACUCUGGGUAUGUCCACCAGUUGUCAUUUCUGUUUUCACACCAUUCACAACUCAAGUGACAGGUGGCAGCCUGUUGGGAGAGCCUUCCAAUUCAAGACCUUGACAAGAGGCACGGCCAAGUAUUCAGUGGCACUCCUGCGUCUGAGGCCAGGGCCAGUCCGCGGCACACAGCACCCUGGUGGUUCUGCUCGUGCGGCCGGGCUGUCCUGGUAGUUUGAAGUUUUGACACUCGGGAAUACUUGAAGAAUGGGUUUCAUUUAUUCAUUGCCACCAUGCACUGUCUUCCCAUUAAAUGUGAACUUCACAAAAGUUAAGAGACAAGGUAUAUGGUUGAAGAAAGAUCAAAACUGAACAAAGGAUACGUGCGGAAUAACAGACACAGAGGGGGAGUAAACUAAGUGCUAGUGUUGAGUAGUGCAGAGUAGGUACUGUCCGUGGGCUAUCCAAUGUGCAACGACUUCACAGACAAAGGGAUGCACUUAAAUUCAUUUUGCAGUCAGUCAUCUGUAAACAGGACCAACUAAUUCAUGUCAUACAACUGAAUCCCAUUUCAAGGUACAUCAAUACGUGUUUGUGUGGAUGUAGAAUUGCCGACAUUAAUCAAGAGUUUCUGUGUGUGUGAUGUCCAGGGUGCCUACUUGGACAGCUGAUGUUUUUAACUCACUGGGAAAAUUACUUAACACUUUGCUGCUAUCAGUUGAAAUGAUAAUGAUCAUUGUUGUGUAUUUUGGACUCCAUGCUCGUUGAAAUCAUCCGGCUCUGGUUGUCUUGUCUUGUGUGCAUUUUGGUUUUCUUAGCUGUGUGGAAAUACAGUGUGGUAGCACCGGCAAAAUGCCAAGCUGCUUGUCAGUUGUGCACCAUCAUUGAGGGCUUAGCAAGGCAACGAUUAGCAGGGAGGGGGUAGGUUUACAGAACAAUUGGGAAAUGCUUAUUUUAUCUUCUCACACAAAACCAGCAUCAUGGGCAAACAUGUAAAACAUUCAACAUGUUUCAUCAUAGGCCAUGGUAGUGAUUUUGUUUGUUAAGAUUUUUUGCAUACAAAAGCUGUUUGUGAAUUUUGCCUUGAAGUCUUGACACUGGGCACCGAAUGAACAUCAGGAAGUUUUAAUGAGUCAGUUAUUACAGCUAUUUUACCUUAAACAAUUAUUUUUUAUUUACCUCCCAAGUAUUUAAGAAUUUCCCAUUGGUAUUACUGACAUUUAAUUAUAGAUGCUAAGCAAUUACACAAAUUGGUAAUACACAGUGAUUACAGUAAUAGUUAUGAUGUAAAUCCUUCAAAAAUAUGAGAAGUGUUUCUGACACAUCCCAUUCCAAAAAUGAAAUGAUAUUUGCCCAUGUGGUUUGCUUGAGCUUAUAUACUUUGUCACCUCAGACUUGUUCAGCACCAAUUUGAAUGCCAAAAUGCAUGUCUGUCACUAGUGUUUGUCUCUUCGUGUUCUUGGGAACCAACACAUAACUGCAUUGAUGUCGCUGCAAAGUGAACAGGCCAAUGCUGCUCUCAGUCUAACAACUAGUAAAUAUUCAGUAGUUCUAUCAUUUUAAUGAAUAUUGUACAAUCAUUGCAACAUAUACCAAUGUGUCCUGCGCUGUCAUGCCGGUAAUGACAAUGUUGUAAAUAGAUAUAAAUAUAUUAAUAUUUUUUGGCAAGUUUACCUAAAUCUGUGCAUUGUGUGCCUUAUUCAAAUAGUAAAUCUUAGACAUGCUAAAUUGGUUCAAAAUAUAUCAUAGUCUUUCUUCAGUCUGCUAAAUUUGAUUGGCAAAAAUGUGUGUUCUGUGAAACUACUUCAACUGCAGUUAUUGGGAAAUAAGAGUCAAUUUAGUGACAAACAUUCCAUUUCAGGAUGUAAAAUCAGGAUAAUCUGAUAAUCUCAUGAUAGUCUUUGGAAGGGUGCUAAUUUGAAACACUGAGGUUCCACACAUGGUGAAUGUAUUAUGACAGUAGGAUGUACACCAACAUACUGUUAUCUGAGAAUUUCAAAUUUAAUUAUUUAAAUAAGAAAAAUACCACAAAUUGUGUAUGAUGCAUAAUUGAAGUUUCAUGGACAAGAAAGGAAUGAUUCUCAGCGUUUAUCUUUUUUUGUUUUGUUUUGUUUUACUUUAUACAACCAAGUCAUUUCAAUAUCUUGCAUUUCAGUAUAUUGAGAAUGAGGUGUCAACAGCCUGUAUGAGCCCAAAGUUACAUUUUGUUUACAAGCGAUGAUUGUAUUUGAAUAAUUGCCUGUUUGUUCAGUUGGAUGUCAUCAUCUGCUAAUAUUACGUUUUUGUACUGACUGAGAGCUGCACAUGAUCUCCAUCCUCCACAGCGUCAUGAUAAGCUGCCUUGUAUAUUGCAAUAUGAAUCAGUUUUUCUGUUGCAAUCUGAAUCUAAGCCUUUAUUUCAGUCUGUGUGCAAAUAAACCAGAUGGUUGGAAUUUUCAUUUUUCAAUACUGUGCGAUCUGGGCAGUUGGAAUACAGUUGUACGUUUUACAGAGUAUUUUAACGUGUAGAUAUAUUGUAAAGUUGUACUGUGAAUGUGUACAUAAUUAAGUUCUUUGUUUUAAGGAUAUUUUUGUUGAUUUUUUUUAACACGGCAUGUAUAGUUGAAAUAAAAUAUCA